AUGAGAUAAUAAGAUAUAUUCCAAAAAAUUAUGAAAGAAGAUGCUGAUUAUGAAAGAAAGGUCUAUGACUAAGCAUAAAAUUACAGGAUUUCUGAUGUAGGAGGAGGAUCUGAGGACGGAGGAGGGGGUUUGUUUGAUAAAAAAGAAAGAUUUAGAAUGGUGAAGAAGUAGGGUGAGAAGCAAUUAAAGUAGAGGUAAGAUGAGCUAAUUGAAAGAAUGUAAAAGGUAGAGGAUCAAUAAUAAAAAAAGCUGGAAGAAAAAGAGAAAAGAAUGGAGUUGAAGAAGGAGAUGUAAUAGCUUAAGGAAUAGUCAAAGGAGGAAAAUGUCAAGAGACACCAACGAAGACUAGAGUAUAAAAAAGAACUUUACUUACAGAGAUUAUAGUCUGAGUAGCAAACAUUCAAUGAGGCUAGAAAACUUAAAAAUGACGUAAUUUAGGAGAGAUAUUACAAUCACAUGAUUGAUGAGAUAAAGAAGCAUCAGAUGAAAUAAUAGCUUGAGAAAAUGUAAUACUCUAAAAGAUUUAUUACAGAACCAAUAGAAUAAAUAGCCUAGAGAUUUGACUUUAUGACUCACGGCGGUGUUGGCAGUGUCAUGGAUUAGAAUAAAUCCAAUGCUUUUGAGAAUUAUAAAGGUUUUGCUUCAAAUGGGAAAUCCUUGUUUUCUAAUAAAUCAGCUAAAUCAAUCUUUACUUAGCCAGCAGGUAGAGGUCAUUCUUCACAGGUUGAUGCAAGGUCGAUGUUGUCUCAAAAUAUCAAUAUCAAGAUAGAUGGCGGAAAAAGGUUGCAUAAGGCCUUAUGCAUCAUCUAAAGAAAUGACUCAAUAAAUGAAAUGAAUAAUUCUUAAAAGCCUUACUCAGCACAGACGAUGAAAAGAAAUCACUCACAAGCUAGUAUUCCAAAUACUCAAGACACUGAUAUUAUUUCAAAAAAUUUCUACAUCACAAGUGGCACUCCUAAGAAUUUAUUAUGA